AUGGUACAAACGCGCUCUAACACUGACCCGGAACAGGUCUAUGGGGAAUUCUUUCGCAAGUGUAAGGAAGAGAAAGUCCUUGACAUGUCGCUCUUCCAACUGAUCCCGAUCAAGUUACUCGAAACACGGGCACUCGAGAAGAAAAUCGCCCUUGAAGACCUGGUGGAAGUCCGUGACAAGUAUUUAGACACCUGUCACCCCGACUGGGUUCGCAAGUUUCGAGCGUUGGUGAGUGAGCUUCAGAAGAAGGCCAUACCACAACUCGACCUUACACCUCUACUGACGACAAGAGAAUUUAGAGAGGCACAGAAGAACGGGCCUCCGACGUUCUCGAAGCAGAACUCAACCUCGUCAGUGUCGAAGUCUAGCCUCGACUCUGCUCCACACAAGAGAGAAAGAGAACAGACCUAUGGGUUCGAGGCAGUGGAAGAUAUAGAGAGCUUAAUGUUCGACCCGAUGUCCCUGAUUGCCCAACUCAAGCGUAAAAAGGCGAGCAUCCCGAAACUCUUUGAGAUGAAAGUGCGCAUAAUAUCACAGGCCAUCUACCAUCCUACGAUAGAGAAUUCGGAGUUGCUGAUUGACGCCUUAGACACAAUUCGAAACGAGGGGGUGAUAUCGCAGAGACAGAGGGACCGACUUUUGAUUUCCAUUAUAGCGUACGGCAAAGACGCGACAAUUAAGAGAAUGGAAUCUGGUACACUGGACCGACCGCUGAACAUAUAUGCUAAGAGCUCGAGAAAGAAGCCUGGGGACAACAAACAGACGUCUCCGAAGAAGGCUUACGAGCAGAAAAGCGGCGGCAAUGGUAACCAGCAGUCGAAUAAUAAAGGCAAGAAGCCUUACAACAAGAGCCGACGAAAUAGUUACAAGCCGACGGAAGCCACCACUAACUGGACUGAGACGACCAAAUAG